UUUUUCCAUCAGUUUGUUUUGGGCGUCGCUCGUCUGCAAAUAUUUACUGGAAAUUUUAAAUGAAAACAGUUGAUAAAAUUCGUGAACAAGUGCAAAUCAAUUAACGCAGGUGAUGAAUUGUAUGGAAACGCUAAAAUCGUGCUGGCUGAAGACGUUGAUUGGGCUAAUUUUGCUGAUUGCCGGUUCGUGCGUGCUUUUCUACAAUGAGGCUCGUGCGAUUUCGACUGCCGUUUCCUUGGAGGAGGCCUUCGGUGAGGCAGUCACCGUCAGUGCGGACAAUCCGUACGACAGGCGUUUCGAGGGAUCGCUGAUUCAUCUGAAGGGGUCAAUUGUUACGGGGGAACCACUGACGGAACCGGAUUACAACAUUCAGGUGCAGGCGGUCAAGCUGAAACGACGCGUCCAAAUGUACCAAUGGAUCGAGGAAACCGUGGAGAAUCGUUACGGCGAUACGGUUUCGUCGGUGCACACGGCCGAGGACCGCACCUAUUACUACACCAUGGACUGGCGGGACGACCUGGUUGAUUCGCGUAGCUUCUACAUCCGAAAUGGACACCACAAUCCGACCACUUUUCCACUCGAUUCUAAAGUGUACGUUUCGGAACGGGUCUACCUUGGCCAGUACGAGUUGAGUGACGAGCUCAAGCGGAAAUUCAACACAUUUGUAGAAGUCACUUCGGAUACUCGUCCGGAAGAUCCGUCGGUGAAGCUGCACACCGGAAUCUAUUACCACUGUAACGACAUUUGGAAUCCGGAGAUUGGAGACAUCAGAAUUCAAUUUUACUAUGCUGGGCUUGAAGGAUCUCUGUACACCGUGGUCGGCAAGCUGGAAAACGGAAAAAUCGUCCCGUACGAAGCGACCAACGCUCGCAAAGUCCUGCUAAUAACGAAAGGGGAACUAUCGCUGCACGACACCUUUAAGCAGGAACACAACUCUAAACGGAUAAUGACCUGGGGCUGGCGCUUCGUCGGUUGGAUUAUGCUCUUCAUCUCGGCCAGCUGCUCGGCGUCGAUUCUGAAGAACAUUACGGCGCAAAGCCGGCUGCUGCGUCAGUUUGUGCCCGACGCCAGCUUUCCGGUGUCGACGAAUUUGGCCAUGGCAUUCUCGCUGGCGCUGGUGGUCAUUUCGAUCGUGUGGAUUAUUCACCGGCCGAUCCUUGGCAGCGGGAUGUUUCUGGCGGCUGUGUCGCCGUUUCUCUACCGCGCCUGGGGCUUUUACAAUAGUUAUCAUCGAAUUGAUUAGUAGUAAUACUCCACAUGAUUAAUGUUAGGUUAACUGACAGUUUAAU